UAAUUUCCCAAACAUAUUUCCAGAUAUAUUUGCCUGAAUAUAGAAAGAAAUAAAAGUGACGCAGCACGAUUCAUCUUCUAAAUAAAGGCGGGGAAUUUGGGAGAUUUAGGGUUUAAGAUACACGGGAGCGCUUGAGGCGUCAUCAUCUUCACCUAUGAGCGCAGGCCAAACAUAAGACUGAAGAAUGGAAACCAUCUCAAAUAGAUUUUCUGAGUUAGAGCUCGAUGCUGAAGAUGAUCAACUUCAAUCCUCCUCUGCUUCUUCCUCUUCCCGCACGUCAGGUCAAGCCAAAAAUAAAGCAAAAGUUUCUAGUGAUGCCAAGCCGGUUAAAAUUGAGAAAAGAAAUGAGGAAAAUUCUGAGAAUUGUUUGGAUUACAAAUUGCCUCUUGUGUGGAUUGACUUGGAAAUGACUGGUUUGAACAUAGAAGUUGAUCGAAUACUGGAGAUUGCUUGUAUAAUUACAGAUGGCCAUUUGAAAAAAUUGGUGGAGGGUCCUGAUUUGGUUAUCCAUCAAAGUAAAGAGUGUUUAGACAGCAUGGGGGAGUGGUGUCAGAAUCAGCAUGAAGCUAGUGGGUUGACAAAAAAAGUGCUCCUAAGCACGCUGAGUGAAAGAGAAGCUGAAAAGCAGGUAAUAGAAUUUGUUAAGAGAAAUGUUGGAACAUACACACCUCUUCUAGCAGGGAAUUCAGUUUAUGUGGACUUUCAAUUUUUAAAGAAAUACAUGCCUGAUUUGGCUAGUCUCUUUUCUCAUGUACUCGUUGAUGUUAGUAGUGUGAAAGCUCUAUGUAUUCGCUGGUAUCCUAAAGAAAGCAAGAAAGCUCCAUCAAAAGAGAAUAGACAUAGAGCUUUGGAUGAUAUUAGAGAAAGCAUCAUGGAACUCAAAUACUAUAAGGAAAGCAUAUUUAGAUCAAAGUCAAAUAAGUAAUACAAAAAAGUUGGCUCAUGUGAUUAGAUCUAUGGGGGGCAGUCGAGACUUAACCAUUUUUGUGACUGGGCAUGUAUUUUACAAUUAUAAUGUUAUCUCUUAAAAAUUUUAAUGUGUUUAUAUUGUAAGGUGUCUUAUAAUGUAAUUGUGCUGUAAUAACAAUGUAUCAAGGCUAUAUGCUGUACAUUAUGACAAUAUAUUAGGCUUAGAUUCUUGGCUCUUGCUCUUAGAA